UUUCCAUGCAAAGUGAUCUGUAUAGGACACAUUAUACUACUAACAUUUCCGUGUAAAGUGAUCUGUAUAAAACACAUUCAACUAACAUUUCCGUGUAAAGUGAUCUGUAUAGGACGCAUUCUACUAACAUUUCUUUGUAAAAUGAUCUGAAUAGGACACAUUAUACAAACAUUUUCAUGUGAAAUGAUUUGUUAAGGAUACGUUCUACUAACAUUUCCGUGUACAAUGAUCUGUAUAGAACACAUUGUACUAACAGUUCCAUGUAACAAUUAUAUAGGACACAUUGUACUGACGGUUCCAUAUUAAAAUAUUUGUCCAAGGCAUUGCAUGGAUUACGACGCCCAACAAUGUUUCCAUAAAUAGCUUUGUGGUUUCGGUUCCUGUCUUCAUUUCAUCAACGUUACAGCCGUUCAAAACAUUUUGCGUUGAAGCAAUCGAAUUACGUCUUGUACGUCAACUACGCCAUAUUAUUAAAAUGUUCAUUUUAUUCCUAUACACAAUUAAAUAUUGACGAAUAACAAAUACUCGCUUUGUAUAACAAAUUCAUAUCUCACAAGAAACAUUAACGUACUCUAUACUGAUAAUAUUUCAAGGAAUUUCAAGGAAUGAAAAUAUGUCAUAAUGCGUUUUCUCGGUCGUUUUCGGAUUGUGAAAGGUCAUUCGCUAAUAUCUAUAAGCAGUGUUUAUAGUGUUGUAAAAUCAAAACGCAUAUUAUAACAACGAAAAUUAAAGAAAUUGGGAAAUUAAAAAAUGGCGUCUGAAAAAUGUUAACCCCUAUUGGCCGAGCUAUCUCUGAAUUUAUAUUGGGCGACUCUCGUAUAAGCCGAGAUUAUCUUGAAUUUUUAAUAAUCGAUUCGUAAUGUCCACGUUUUUUUUAUUUUAGCGUUUUUCCCCUCUUUUGGCCGAGUUAUCAGAUUUACAUGUAUUCGUGAAUAUUACACGGUAUCAAGCUUGAAAACGAAAUUAAAGCUAAAAUGAUAAAGUCAAUGAAUAAUAAGUUUAAUAUGUAGACAAAUUGCGAAACUUUCAACGGGUUGCGAGAUGUGUAGCUAGUGUUUGACACAAUAUUAUGAUGUAACCUGACUACUGUGAUAUAGACGUAUUAAAGCAUCCGCUAAACCGCGAUGAAAAUAUUCCAAGUGAGAAAUUAAACAUGAUGCUUAUGAAAGUGAUUUAAUAGUCUGGAUAAUAAUCUAGCCGGACGGCUAUUUUCCAAUCUGUAAUAUUAACAGCACGUCGGUAUAGACAUUAUAGUAAAAGAUCGCAGUUUGUGAAUCGAGAGUUUUGUUGACACUUGAGUGUUCAAUUGUUAUUGUUCCUUGCACCGUUGGACAAACUUCUGGCGGACCUCUUCAACAUGGCGGCCUCCCGGAUACAACGGCGUUUUUCGGCACCGGUCGAUAUGGGAGACAUAGGGAACAUUUCGUCGGCAAUGGGAGACCUGGGAAAUAUUUCGUCGGCAAGUGACGACGAGAGUCCGCCGGGAACUCCGUCGGUUCGCCAAACGAGGUACACGCCCCUAAAGCGGUCCCGGCCGUCUCGCCUGUCUCUGGUUUCCGGCUACUCAACCUACUCGGUGAACCCUUCUCCCCGGGUCUCCAUGUUAGGAGGGCUGGACGCCGGAAGCUGCGAAGGGCUGCCAAGUUCUGACCUGCGCCAGUCAAUUCUUUCCCGGUUACAUUUCCCAACUGCUUUACAAAGCAGUAGAACCAGAAUCGACCGGAAGCGCUCCCGAGACCAGAACGAGCUCCCCGAGGCGAACAAGAAAGAAAUCGCUUUUGGGCAUAGCGAGUCGAGUAUCACAUCCAACAAUAGUGGGGUAACCAAGCGCUUCCUGCUCUCCAAACUGGCCAACAUCAUCCUCGCCGGCUGUAUCGCCGCCCUCCUCGUCGGCAUCAUCUUCAUUUCCAUCCGGAAACAUGAAUCCGCGGCUUAUGAAGCCGAAAUUGCGGCGGCCGCUUCGAAUUCUUACGCUAUUUUAGGGCGCAAUCUCGCAACACCUAAUGUUUUCGACGAUUUAACACCGGACGAAUACAGUCUAGUGUAUGGAUUUUUGAUGCACAUUGAAGAUUUAAAUUUAGUGAUCUAUGCCAGUGCGAAUAUUUCCAGUAACUACGUGUAUUUGAUAGAGUUACACAUCCCGCCAAAGGACGAGGUGUACCGGUAUUGGAGCGGAGAGGCCAACCCGCCGACAAGGGAGGCUCGGGUGCUCAUCAUGCGUGGACAAAGCAUGCCGCCUGUCAUUGAGGAGUACAUCGUGACGCCUGCCGACUCGCCAUUGUCGUUACGUCCGACGAAAAAUGCGUUUUACGUCGAAUCUCCAAUACCGUUUGCAUAUAAACCCAUCGAUAAAGUGGAACAGAAGCAUUUGAUACAAUAUGAAUUAUAUCAAACACUGUUGGCUCUGAAUUCGUUGCUGAUGGAUAUCUUUCACAUGCGAUAUGAGACCAACUGUUUCUCUGACGUCACGUGUGUCCAACUAGCGUUUUAUGACAACUCUUCGCGUCAUGAAAACACGCGGUACACGUGGGCUAGAUUGUCACGUGGUACACAUGAACGCUUGAUUCCCAUUGGUCUGGAUGUUUUACUUGACCAAUCAUCGACAUCACCCGCUGAUUGGUCAAUUAAGGGUAUAUUGUUUCGCAACACGUUUUACACAAGUCUUUUUGACCUUCUGAGAGUUUAUAAAUCAAAAUAUCAAGGACAACACGUUUCCGACGCUCAUAUCAGCGCUGAAACUCCAGAACAGGAAAGAAUAUUUUCGCCUGCUGGUAAUUCAUAUCCUUACUACCCUGGCUUUACGGUCAAAGGUCAAACGUUGGCGUACGGCCAAUGGAUGUUAACCCUACAUUUUAGCAUCAACAACGGUUUGUCCGUAUUUGACGCUAUGUUCAAUCAGGAGAGAAUCGUGUAUGAAAUCAGCCUUCAAAAAGUUAAAACCUUACCAGACACAUUCAUGGAGGCUAGAGGAUUGUUUGGCGCCUCAUGUCGGCGACUGGUUCCAGGUAUCGACUGUCCGGAAACGGCGGCUUUUUUAAACUUUUCGGCCUUCGUCGAGACAGACCGACCCUUUCUUCUUAUAGACAAUGUGUGUGUCUUCGAGUCAUUUGACCCAAUGCUUCUCGUGUCCCAAAGUAGCCCAUUUUUAGUCCUAAGAACCGUAUCCGCGACACAAAAUGGGAAACAUGUCCUUGACUAUGUCUUCAAGCGAAACGGCGAAAUUAUUGUUCAGAUCAAUUCAGUCUCAGAGGAGACAUUAAUCCCAGGGUUGAAAACACGAACGGGCACAGAAAAUGAAGAAGUGGGAUUUAAUCUGUUUCAGUUUAAAGUCGACAUAGAUUCCAGCGAGGAAACGCUCGCCAGUCAGUUGUAUAUGACCGGCAUACAAGCGGGCACGCAGUCGGUGGUACUGGACUCCACGCAAACCAUUAACUUCCCUCGGCUGUCUCGCUUCACUAAACUCGUUACCAAUGAACGAUGUCUGCCUACAAAUUCAACAACGGAAAGACCAGAGUUUGUUAUACAUAACAAUUCACCAUCGAUUAUAUAUAGGAUCACUGUUGACUCAAACGUAAAUGCCGCGUUUUUACAGAAAUUUGCAACCACACACAAAUGGUUGAACUGUCCCAUUUUGGUGAUGAGGUACAGUGAUUCGGAGCGUAACCCCGGGUUGUUUUCCCUGAGGGACGGUGCGGUACAAUCCCCCGGGGAGUACGUUACGCACAUCGAUGAUGAGAACCUCGGGGAGCAAGACUUGCAAAUGUGGAUAACAGUCGGUACCCAAACCGUUCUGAGCAAUUCCACCGGGAGCCAGUCGUUGUCCGCGAGUAUUCGCAUUAUUCCGAAUUCAUGACAUUAAAUUCAUUUAAUAGUUCAAUUGUAUACACAUUAUUUAAAUUAACGAAUAGUUACACACGUGUACUUGUGUCGUUGUCAGUACCAUGGACUUGUUCAGACUGAGCAACCGCAUGAGACCACGUGGUUAGUAUGAUGUGCUUCGUAAGACUGAGUCAGCGUAUUCAAAGUAAGGCUAAAUUGCUCCAUAACAUGACUCCCGAAUAAUACUGUAAAUACAACAGAUUGACGAAUCAUACAUAAUGUUUAAUGAACAUGUUCGUCUACCACUUGCGGGUUAUGACUACAUGCUGUUAGUUAGUAACUGCCUGGGCAGUCUCUAAUCAUAACGAGAUAAUCGGCUCGUUCUCAACAAAUGGUCAAUUAAAUAACGGAUAAUAAAUGUUUAAACGAGUGGUGUCGAGAUUGGAACCUUUGAAUUAAGACAAUACAAUUGACCAGAAACUGGUUUAAUGUGUUAACAUGAUAGUUUGUUCCAGACAUUUACAUGCUUAAGUUAUGUAUUUUAUGUUGUGUGCAUGGAAUCGACUAUUGUUUGUUUUAUCCUUAUUUGAUUUAAUACUUAAUUCUAGUUCGAUUUGGGUCGUUUUUUUAAAUUGUUGCAAAUUAGUUUCAACUAUCUAGAACGAUUUUUGUGAUAACUACUUCUUGUAAAUACCGAGCACAGUGUGUUCUAUACAUAGUUCAUUUUGAGUAAAAACUAUAAAUAACAAGAACAUAAACGUUUCAAGAUGCAUUUUCUUUCAUAUAAAUGUCGUAUUAAGAUAUCAAUUAGAGCCAAAAUAAUGUAUAUAUUAAAUAAUUGUGAACAAAG